AUGAUGCACUGGUAUCGUUACUAUUUGCAAGCAGCUCUUUGCAAAAAUACGAAAUUUGAGGAGCGGAAUGGAGAUAAAUCAGCAGAAGUGAAUCGUCUAAAGUUGAUACAACUGAGUGACAAGGAUUUCGACGACGUUUUGGAGUUGUUGUUGGACGAUUUCAUUCGCAAUGAACCGUUGAGCAAUGCGCUGAAUCUUACACGAAAUGAAGCACAUUGGCUUUUUAAAGAACUAACCCGUUCAACAGUCUCAUCACCAGUAUCAUAUGCAUUCAAAACUCCAGAGGGGAAAUUAGCUGCAAUGCGUUUAUGUAAUAUUAUUGAGAGACCAGAACACAACGAUGAGAAAGGCUUCUUCUCUCUCGUCGAUUCUUUAUCAGCUGAAGAAUCAGCAAAACUCGGUUCCAAAGCGCACGAGAUUUCUCGUAUUGUAAGUGAACUCGAAAAUAAGAAUUCGAUUCAAAGUGACAGUGUAAAUGUGACAAAUUGCUUGGAAACAUUUCAGACGUGGGAACUUGUUGGGUCUGAAGUGAACCGCUUACUGAAUGUGGUGAUAUUGUGUUGUCAUCGCAAUUGGACACAUCGAGGUCUGGUGAGCAGAUUGCUCGAAUGCGAUAUGGAUAAGCAAAAGAGUAUGGGCAUUGAUGGUGCAAUCUCAGAGGCCACUGCUUAUAGAUCACAAAAUCUGUACAAGAAAUACGGCUACAAACCAAUUUAUGAAAUCAAACAUGCAGAAUGGCUCGAUAAAAAUAAUCAACGUAUCUUCAAAUGUAACGAUGGAACUAACGUUGCGCAGCUUGUUUUCAAGAAAUAUUAA